CUCCGCGAAGAAGAGCCCCCGACACAGAGAGAGAGACCCGCGAAGACGUUCGCUCGGAUCAGUCUUUGUUUUGCUCUCCCCGGAACAGGAUGGAACCGCGUCUGCGUCGGCGACUAUGGUGCGCAGUUCGAGUGUCCAGCGUGGCGGCGCUCCUAGUACUGGCUGCUGGCACGGUCCGGGAGGUGUCCAGCAGUCCCACCAGUGAAGCCUUCGAGCGUAACCACAUCGUGCCGGAUCUGGUGGCGAAAGCCCCGGAAGGUCCGCUCACCGUCAUGUACCCGGCCGGGGCGAAAGUGGCGCUCGGGAACGAGCUAACACCGACCGAGGUAAAGGAUAAACCGGCGCUGCACUGGGAUGCGCAAGCGGAUGCGCUCUACACGGUGCUGAUGGCCGAUCCGGACGCUCCGUCGCGCAGCAAUCCCGAGAUGCGCUCCUGGAAGCACUGGGUGGUGGGCAACGUUCCCGGGGCAAAGAUCGCCGACGGUAUGGUGCUGGCUGACUACAUCGGAUCGGGACCACCGCAAGGUACCGGACUUCACCGGUACGUGUUUCUCGUCUACCAGCAGCCAUCGAAUGUGACCUUCGACGAACCAAUCCUGUCCAGUCGCAAUCCCAACCGUGGCCAGUGGUCGGUGGCGGAGUUUGCCGAGAAGUACAUGCUGGGGGAACCGCUUGCCGGGAACUUCUACCAGGCCCAGUACGACGACUACGUGCCGGAACUGUACGCCAGCUUCACGGACUCGUGAACACACGGUUCUGCCCUGCUCCGCUUCGUCUUCCUGGCCUCCUUCCACCCAGCCCACCGUAUCCGGACCCGAUCUUCACCACCUACACACACGCACACACACACACUCUUCUCUUAGUUUCCUUCACACUUACACCCCGCACACAACAACUUGCUUUCGGUUCCAUCCACCGCACAAAAUCACCGUGUUACAAUA